UACCCUACAUAUGCGGAAAGAACGAAAAAUGAAAUAUAGCCUUUGGGUUGGGAGGGACUCCUUUGAGACGACAACGAAUCCCUAAAUAUUUACAUUUGAGUCUUCGCCAAGUCUUCUACCUGAGACAGAGAAUGGAGAAUCAGCAGCGAAACGAACAGGUGGUAAAACUUCAGUGUCAGCGAAUUGGCUGUAACGCGAUGUUUUCUGAAGAUGAUAAUCCUGAAGAUUCCUGCACUUACCAUGCUUCCGGACCUUUUUUUCAUGAUGGGAUGAAAGAGUGGAGUUGUUGCAAGAGGAGAAGUCAUGAUUUUAGCUUGUUUUUAGAAAUUCCAGGAUGUAAGACAGGUAAGCACACUACUGAGAAACCGGUGUUAACAAAAGCCACUCCAAAACCUGCAGUUUCUGUUCCUUCAGCUGCUCCUAUGUCCACUACUUCAGCAAGAGAACUUUGCCCUAGAUGUCAGCAGGGCUUCUUUUGUUCAGAUCAUGGUUCACAAGCCAAGGAACCGAACCAUUCAGUCAAUAUAGCACCUGCUGAAAGCAAUGUAGAUGUUCAAGUGCCUCCUGCUCCAGUGAAGAGGAUUGAUCUAAACCAGCUGCAAACUUGCAAAAAUAAGGGAUGUGGUAAAACUUUCAAAGAAAAGGAUAAUCAUGAGACUGCAUGUAGUUACCAUCCAGGGCCUGCUGUGUUUCAUGACCGGAUGCGAGGGUGGAAGUGCUGUGACAUUCAUGUGAAAGAAUUUGACGAGUUCAUGGAUAUUCCACCUUGCACCAAGGGGUGGCAUGACGCCAAUCCAAGAUCCUGAACAGCAGACAUGAUUGUGUUUUCAUUGAUCAACACUUCACGAUGGGAUACUUGUAUUAAAUUUAUAAGUCUCUUUUCCACCCUUCUCUGAUAAGAGCUUUGGAGAAACCAGGUUCUAUGACUAUCUAUUUGUAUUUUGCAUUUUCAGAUUUCUGAGUGUUACUAUGUUGUGACAUUAAGUCAUAUCUAAAUGCCCUAUUAAGGUGCUGCAACAGAAUUUGAUAAAUUUAUUUCUAAUCUUUUCCUCCCUGGUAGGCCUAACUUUUGGGGGUUGUUUUGA